AUGCAGGCCACUCAGCCCUUAGGCCAAACUUUGGUCUAUUCCACAGUUGAUGGCCACGAAAUCAAGUUCGACUACUACUUGCCCCGCAACGCUAGUGGCAGAUUGCCAGCUGUGAUCUACUACCAUGGAGGAGGCAUGACUGCAGGAUGGCGUGGCGGCUUCAGCUUCCCGACUUGGCUACAAGAUCACUGCCAAGAGAAAGGCUACAUCCUUAUUAGUGCGGAUUAUCGUCUAUGCCACCCAACUACUGCUUUGCAUCAGAUUGACGAUGCGAAGGCUCUGUUUAGAUUCCUCGCGUCGGUAAACUUCCAGAAUGCCUUGCCGGGAUCUGUUGCACUCGACACGGAUCGGAUAGCGGUUACAGGCUUUUCGGCGGGGGCCUUUUCGGCCCGUGCAGCAUGCAUAUACGCUGAUCCCAAACCAGCCGUCCUGAUGACGGCUUACGGAUCCGCUGGAGACUGGCUUCUAGAUCACUGGACGGUCAGAAGACCACCUACGACCAUCGCCAAGCUUGUCGAUCUCCAGCAGGUCCCAAAGCUACUCGCCGACAAAACUGUUGUGAGUGAGGACAAGCCAGUGCAGGGCAUGAUGUCCAACCGUUUCGCACUCACUGUUCGCUGGGAGCUUGAUGGAACCUUCCUCGACAACUGUCUCGGGAGACCUGGGCUGGGCGCAGAACUCAACAAACUGCGCUACGAGGAGCGGGCUGCUGCACUUCCCGAGGAUCUCAAGCCUGCAUUUCCUCAGCUCUUUGUUUCAGAAAGUCAUCCACCAACUAUCCUCGUACAUGGCACAGCAGAUGAAGUUGUUCCUGACCAAGAGAGCGUGCAUCAUCAUGAACAGCUCAAGAAAUUUGGUGUCAAAACGGAAUUGAUUCUUGUGGAGGGUGCGGGACAUGGACUUGUGGAUUUAAAGAGCGGAUUUCCGCCGAAACCAGCGGAAGGUAAAGAUGAGGCCUAUAGAAGGGCCGCCGAUUUUAUUGACGAAGUGUUUGCCACUCUGAAAAUGUGA